AUGACUGAAUCCUCUGAUGAUAUCAUUGUUCUUUCUGAUGAAGACGAAGAAAUAAAAAUCGAGUCUAUUGCUGAUGCAAAAAUAUCUAAACCUAUCAAUAAAUCUCGUGCAUGUGCAACUCGAAAAAAUACGUCUUUAAAAUCAACUAUUCAAAAUCGUGCACCCACACUUAUUUUAACUGAACCAAAAUCAAUAUCUUAUGGCAUUGAGCGCGGCUAUAAACUAAAACGUAUUCUUGGUGUCAAACGUUUAAUAACUGAAAAACAAUUACUGUACCUUGUUGAAUAUGAAUUAUGUGAUGAUCACGAAUUUGUACCAUCAAAUAUUUUGCGUCAAUAUUGUAAUGAAGAUAUAUUAAUAGAAUAUCUUGAAAAAUUAGCACAAUUUACUGAUUAA